AAAUUUGAAUUGUAAAUAAUAAAAGCAAUCAUUGGAACUCCUUUUUAAACAAUUAUUGAUUUAUUUAAGUACUGGAUUUGUUUACAACAGUUUAACUUGUUAGUAAUAGUAGAUGUCUUAUAAAUGAUCGAUGUCCUAUGUAUGUGAGAUUAUGUAAAAAUAUAAUCUAUACGCAUAUGCAUAUAAGUACGACGUAUUCGUAAUGUUUUAAAUUUAUUUCUUUAUUUAUCACAUCGUCUAUAUUUACAUUAUAUUAAUUAAUAGAUUAAAUGAGUAUUAUGAAUUGUCAGCAGAACGCAUUAUGUUUUUAAAUAUUCAAUCUAUAUAUUUAACAUACUUACCCGAGUUUGAAUUGUUUUAUUUACGUAUAUAAUUUCAUUAUAUUAUACAAAUUUUUAAACAAAUAUUAAAUUAUUCGAAGCUAAUAUACGUUUCGAUUGUAUUUGUGCGAAUGUAACGUGGAAAUUGUCUUAUUUAUACGGGAUUGGACCCGUUAUCCCUUCCACGCAAUAUACAUAGACUACAUUCGCCAUAUCAUUGACCGUUUUGCUAGAAUAUUAACCGGUGUACAGAGACGUAUAAGCAAUUUAUACUGUGACAAUUUAUGUUUACAAAUGUGAUAUUUUUUGAAAAAUGUUAUAAAUGUCCUUAUACAUAUAAUUAUAUAUUUAAGUUAAGGAAAGAAGACAUAGAAAGUGUUAAAAAAAACAUAAUAUAAUAUACAGUGGAAUAUGGAUAUUAGUCUGUGCGAAGAAAAUAAAAUGCAAAUGGAAACAAAAAUUACCUUGCAAGAUACUCUACGCGAUAUAAAACCCCAAGUAUCAAAUUGUCAAUGUAUAGUUAAUGAUGAAUUGACAUACAUGCAAACAAGAGAAAAGAAGGCAUAUCCAGAUGCAACAAAUACUACUUUUAAGCCAAAGAAAAAUGUCAGAAAUAUUAAACUGAAGAAAUCUAAAAUUGAAGGGCAAUCCAGUUAUGAUUCUACAAAGCUAGAGGAUAAUCCAGCUCAGGUAUUGGAACGAUUUAAGCGAGGAUGCGAAUGUCAAGAUGAUCAGUGCUUCAAAGGUCUAAAUCCAGAGUCAGUAUAUAGGCACAGAUUAAAUAUUGCAGAAUUAACAAAGGCUGAACAUGAUAUGUAUUUAAUGGGUGUCACCAUGGCAUGCUUGACAAAUCCAUAUGAAACAGCAAGACAUAAAGAACGACGUAGAUUACGUGCUCAGUAUAUGUAUCAGAGCAGAAGAGUUUGUUUAGAUGCUUUUUUGUAUCUUGAAAACUGUACACAUUAUCAAAUAAAAAGAAUUAGAAAGCAUUUGAUGACUCAUGGUGUCACACCAAGAGUUCAUGGAAAUCAUGGAAAAAUUCCACAUAAUACUUUCUCUUUAGACAUUUACAAAAUUGCUACAGAGUUUUUAAAAAAAUUUAUUGAACUACAAGAAGUAAAACAGAAAACUAAAGUGGCAAAAAAUGCACCAUUACAUUUGUCAUCAGAUAUUACACGUAAAGUUGUAUAUGACUCAUAUAUACAGUAUUGUAGGAAACUGUCGCCCGGCACAAAAAUAAUGGGGUACUCAACAUUUAGAAGAUUUAUGAAAGUUCAAUUUCCACAAGUAAAAUUUGCAAAAUUAGAAUUUAUGAUUAGAAAUCAAAACAUACAAAAUCAAGGAUGUAGUAAAACGGAGUCAGAAAAGAAAGAUAUAAGCGAUGAAAAACAAUUAGAAUCGACAAAUUUUGUAACAGAGAGCGGUGCCUUAUUGCCUUUAUUAAUUGCUAGUGAAACAGGACAAAGUGAUACUUAUUUUUUAACACCAGCCAGUAAAUUACAAGAUGGUUUAAGUUAUGAGAUAACUACAUCUGGGCUUCUAGUCAAUAAACCAGCAUUGCCUAUUACUCUAACUAAAAUAAAUGCCGUUUAAGGACAAUUUCCUUGAGGUUUAAUAUUUAAAUAUUAUUACGAAAAUAAUAUACAUAUAAAAUAAAUAUAAGUGCUGUUUUAAACGCUACUUUUUAUAUUAAAGAAAUAAUAUAUACUUUAUGUAAUAAACAUGACUUUUUCUUUGCUCAUAGAUCUAUGUAUGU